GUCGUGGAAGUCAUUAUUCAAGGAAGGUUAUUGCCAAGAAUCGUCGGAUAUCACCAAAACCCAAGAAAAUGGCAAGAUUGAAAAAGUCUAACGUUGAUGCAUCAAACCUUCCAGUUACAAGGUCAAAAACAUCGCUGACGAGGGCCCCUAAUGCAGUCACUAAAGCUCCAACUCAGCCGCAAUCAAAAUCGCCGACGUUUCGUGAUUCUGCAGGCAAAAAACGUUACAGGCCAGGAGCGAGAGCUCUCAAAGAGAUACGCCACUAUCAACGAGGAACAGGAUUAUUAAUUCCUAGAUCGCCUUUUACGCGAAUCAUCAGACAAAUCAGCGAAGAAUUGACAGGGCACUCCACCCUUCGUUUCACGGCUGAAGCUCUGGAAUGCUUACAAGUGGCGGCCGAAGCUGUGAUUGUCCAAUUAUUUCAAGACUCUGUGCUGACGAUGCUCAACGCCAAACGGCUGACUCUGAUGGUGAGGGAUAUCCAAUUAGUUAGACGUAUUCAACCAUGCUAUUAAAACCAUCUAAGACGUCUGCGGAAAAUUGGAAUCGUUCUCAGGCGACUCGAUUAUUGUGGAAUAAUGGAAUUCGCGCCCAAAAUUUUAAAAUGCUU